CAGAAACGUAUCCCAGCGGCCAACACCGAGCGACUAGUACCAUCAACUUGAGCAAUCUCGCAGUCACAGGCUCAGGCCAAAAUCCUUCUUGCGGGCCACCCUCUCUAUCUUACAGGUCAUCCAUCAUGCGCGUCUGUCGUCGAUGGCUCAUGGCACUUUUCGUCGAAAUCACCACUCUUGCUUUGGUCACCAUGGCGAUUCCCGUCAAAUUCUCACCUGCGAGCUCUUCUCAACCCACUGCUUCCUAUCGAGGUAUGAUGGGAAACAGUUUUGCUCCCAAUACUUUUCAUCCUCAUGACGACCCACAACUCGCCGCCACAAUUGAAAAGAUUUAUCGUUUGAAUGACAAGCAACGCGCCAGAAUAGGAGCCAAAUUGGCGAAACUCGAUGCCCCACCCAAGCCCAAAUCCCGCUUUGCAAAAUUUUGGGAGCGUUUCCUCAGGUUUUUCAGGCGCAAAAGAACCCCAUUCCAGGCGACAUUGGACAAGACAAAGACUCUCGGUGGAGCAACCGUAGGACCAGUAGUCACCGGACUCUCUCUGGGCGCGUUGAGCGCCUGGCUGCUUGGAAUGUCUGCAAGAUUUGCCGAGGCCAUUCGGAUUUCGGCCUAG